AUGUUGGAUGUCAACAAGUUAUUGGGCUCAUUCCUUGUUCUCCUCUCAUUGGCCACCAGUCUACUGGUGGUCUACUCAAUGACCAAGCCUUGCGUAAUCAACAAAGAUGGAGGUGCACUCUAUGAUAUAUAUGUACAGUUUGGAUGGUUCUCCUAUGGCACAUACUAUGCUGUGAACAUGGAGCAGAUUGAUCACUCAACAUAUAGUGGAUCAGCGAUGGAAUGGACGAUGUUGACUAGUUUCAUUGUGCUGUGUAUAUCGAUGGCACCAUCAUUCGCAUUGGCAUUCAUCACGGUGUUGUUCAUAUUCGUCGACAAAUUGUCAGAGUCCAAACGAAGACGACUGGCACAGCUGCUGAUAAUAGUGUCCACGGCGUCGUUUGGCCUGCUGACGACAGGCUUUUUAAUUUACUUGACGCUGACGGCAUCACUACGCAACGAUAACUUCCACAACUGCCAUCAUCAGUUCUUCUGUCGGUCGUUCAGAGGCACGCAAGGCAAUUUCUCAUGGGGUCCAAUGGAUGGAUACUGGCUGUGUCUAAUGGGUAUACUCGGAUCGUUCAUCACCGCCCUGGUAUCAAUCAUAGUGCAUCAAGUCUACAAAGUGGGCUCAUCAUCAUCCUCAAACAACAGUUAUCAAGCAGUUGCCAAGCACUCCUCUGUCAACUAG